CCCACAGCAGACAACGUCCACGACAGAACACGGAACACCCACUUUCAUGUCUACCACAGCCGUCCCCUGGCCGGACAACACCAAUAAUCCCCGCAACGGGGUCGGGUCGCCGAGUCGGCAGUUGAGAACAGGAUGGGAGAUAGAUACCGGAUGCUACGGAAAGCCUCAGCUUUCCCGGCCAGCUUCAACCACGGUCGGGAAUGAUGUCAUGGCCUGUCACAAUUCAGAUCGAUGGCUAUAUAGGGCUGCACAGGCUGUUCGUCCCUGCCAUAUCAUUACGAGCAAGCAUCAGCCACCAUGGUUUACAACAUUACCGAGAAAGAAACCCAACCCACCAUCUGGAGCCACAUUAACGGCCCCGAGGCCGACGUCCUCGACCGCUACUGCGUCUCCGAGCUCUGCAAGGGAUGGCCGGUGUAUCGUGAUGCCUCGGAAUGGAAGCACUACCGCAGCCUAUUUGCCAAGGACGGCGCAUUCGUCUUCACCACCUGGAGCGGCGGUCUUCCCAUCGAUGACUUCAUAUCUACGUCCAUCGAAGGACGCGCUAAUGGCGACCAUAUCAUGCAUCGUGAGAAUGGAACCCUCGUGGACCUGAACCCAGCUACCAACCGUGCUAUCGGCAAGAUGAAGGCGACCAUCACGCAGCGCUUCGACUGGGACGGCGUCGAGUUCGACGUGGAGUGCGACUGCCGCUUCAUCAACUUCUGCCUCAAGCAAGACGGCGAGUGGAAAGUGGUCUAUAUCAAACUGUUCUACGAGAAGGAUAAGGUCACGCCCGCAGAUGGCCAGACCGUGCCCAAGUUUGACCGGGCGGAGCUAGAGAAAUACCCUAAGGGGUAUCAGUAUUUGGCCGUGGCGCAGGCCAAACUAGGACAACCGAUUCUGAAUGAUUUGCCGACGAUGGAUAAUGAAGCGUUCUUCAAGUUGUAUGAGGCGAUGGAUGCAUGGAUGGAGGGUCACCCGGUGGGAGAUUUGUUGGGCAUCCCUGAUGAUGCAUCACCACGGUAUUGAGAGGAGGGCUAAAUCUUGACGAUGUAAUGAUUCUCUUUUGAAUUAAACUAUUUUUGGC